UCCCUCCCGCCGCGACGACGAGAGCAGCAAUGGCGGCGGCGGCGGGAGGAGACGAGGAGUUGGAAUCGCUGCUCCGAAACUUCCACCGCUUCUCCCAGGGGUACAAGGAUGCACUCAUGGAAGCCCAGGCUUUAAGAGUGAACUGCAGCUCUGAAUCCGAGAAGCGUCAAGCUCUUGAGUCACACAUUGCAGAUCUCAAGAGUGAUAAUGAGAGGUUGAGAAGGCUGUACACUGAAACUUUGUUCAAGUUCACCAACCAGAUGAAAUUUCACACAGAGUCUCGUAAUCUGAAGGAAGAACUGGAAAAGGCGAACAUAAGAUUGUUAUCCAGGGAAGAGGAGUAUAAGAGGGAAAUCGAACAGCUUAAGCUUGGCAGUGAAAUGAACAGCAAUGACCUGGAGAACAAGCUCAGCUGCGCUCUUGUUCAGCAAGCAACCAAUGAAGCUGUGAUAAAGCAACUCAACCUGGAACUAGAAGCUCAUAAAGCUCACAUUGACAUGCUAAGUAGCAGGUUGGAGCAGGUUACUUUUGACGUACAUCAGCGGUAUAAAAACGAGAUUCAGGAUCUAAAGGAUGUGAUUAUUGUUGAACAGGCGGAGAAAAAUGACAUGCACAUAAAGCUUCAGAAUGCUGAAAAUGAAUCAUUGCUUUCUGAUGGUUCAGUGAGGACUACGAAGAUGAAGCAGGCAGAGCAGCAGAGGGAUUCCAUCUCGGCUCAGCACGUGGAGACACUGAAGCAGAAGGUGAUGAAGCUCCGGAAGGAGAACGAGUCCCUGAAGCGGAGGCUGGCUUGACUGCUCAUCAGAGAACCGGCUCCCCUCUUCCUUUGAUGCUCACCCAUUGGAGGCUAGAAAAUUAACCACUAAGUUACAUACACACAGCAAUGGCGUUCUGUAUUGGCUGACUGCAAGUCCACUUGUUCACUGGAAGACUGGAACUGCACAUGCUUCAGUAAAAUGAAUAUAAUUAGUUCAGUCACUUAUGCCCCAUUUGAAAUAGCUGAAAUUACUGAAUUAUCUAAUUUCUGUGAUACCUAUUUUAGAGUAUAAUAAGGGAAUUAAUUAACUCUUACAAGGCUGAAAGUUAUUCUAGAAAGGUAUUCCAAGAAAAUUGGAUGUUGCUAGGCGUCGAGUGCCCGAUAUUUAUGAGAAGUCGAGAACUAUUCUAUACAAUC